GUCCAGUGAAGUGAGAAUUAAAAAACUACAUGUUGUAACAUUUUUAGCUUAAAAUACAUAAAGAUACAUUCAUUUGUCAUCCUUUGCUGGUUAGUAUGUUUUACAGAGGGAAUGAUGAAUGUUGCAUUGUGGGGCAAAAAAUUAAAAUGUUAUGUUAAAAGUAUUAUAAGACGUAUACUUUGCUUUCAGGAGACAUAUUUAAUAGUGGCUAGUUAACAUCAGAUUUCUCUAAAGCAAAAUCCUUCUACAGGUUUUUUAAAAACUCGGAUCACUUUCCCCAUCCACAGAAAAUAUUUCUCCAAUUGAAUCUGAUGUUUUGGGGUUCUGAUGGUGACCAGUCCUUGGUAUUUUGGUGUUGUGUUGGGAAAGCUUUUUGCUUAUCUCUUCCUCCCUCACUUAUCCCUCCAUUAUCCUUCCCGUCCUAUCUCAAUAAUUUAUCCUUUACCAAACUUAGAAUGUUUUCCAGUACUUGUGGCUCUUUCUCUAAUUCUCUGUGCAUAGUUUUUGAAACUUGGCUGCCCUCUCUACUUGCAGGAGCUUUGGGUGUUAAGUUCUCAGAAUAGUCUACAUCAUCUUGCAUGUAUUCAUUUAAGUGAGACAACAAUGAUGGAUAAGUCUCAGGAAGGAAAACUAACAUAGUACCAGAUAUGUCUUCAGUUAAAUUUUGAUGAAAAGAGGCAACACGAUGAAGUGGAAAGCAUGGUGGAUUAGAUGUCAGAAGUGCUGAUUAGAAGUGAAUACCACCAGAAGAUUAGAGUAGAGAUGGGAGUGAAAGGAAGGGGAGAGACCAGCCAGCACUAACCAGAACAGUGACUUUAGUUGGCCUUUGCCAGAGUUUGAUCCAAGCCAGAUUCGACUGAUUGUAUAUCAAGACUGUGAAAGACGAGGAAGAAAUGUCUUGUUUGACUCCAGUGUUAAGAGAAAAAAUGAAGACAUAUCAGUAUCGGUGAGCAUUGUUAUUGAUUUAAUGUCAUGUUUUAAUUGGAAAAAAAACUCUGUAGUGAUGCUCAAGUUAAAGUGUUUGGGAAAUGCUGCCAACUGAAACCUGGAGGAGACAGUUCUUCUUCUUUGGAUAGUUCUAGUACUUCAUCUUCUGAUGUAAAAGAACAGUGUCCUAAGUACCAGGGCUCUCGGUGCUCUUCUGAUGCCAAUAUGCUUGGAGAGAUGAUGUUUGGCUCAGUAGCAAUGAGCUACAAAGGAUCCACCUUAAAAAUUCAUCAGAUCCGUUCCCCUCCACAGCUUAUGCUUAGCAAAGUUUUUACUGCAAGGACUGGCAGCAGCAUCUGUGGGAGUCUUAAUACGUUGCAAGAUAGUCUUGAAUUCAUCAAUCAGGAUAACAGUACAUUAAAGGCUGACAGUAACACAGUUAUUAAUGGACUACUUGGAAAUAUAGGUCUUUCACAGUUCUGCAGCCCCAGGCGGGCAUUCUCUGAACAGGGUCCGCUCCGCCUGAUCAGGAGCGCCUCUUUCUUUGCAGUUCACAGCAACCCAAUGGACAUGCCUGGAAGAGAGUUGAAUGAGGACAGAGACAGUGGCAUAGCACGCUCUGCAUCUCUCAGCAGCUUGCUUAUUACGCCAUUUCCCUCCCCAAAUUCCUCACUUACCCGAAGUUGUGCCAGCAGCUACCAGAGACGUUGGCGACGCAGCCAAACAACAAGUUUGGAGAAUGGGGUAUUUCCUAGAUGGUCUAUAGAAGAAAGCUUUAAUCUAUCAGAUGAAAGCUGUGGCCCUACACCAGGAAUUGUGAGAAAAAAGAAGAUUGCAAUUGGCGUAAUCUUUUCAUUAUCCAAAGAUGAAGAUGAAAAUAACAAAUUUAAUGAAUUCUUUUUUUCACAUUUUCCUCUCUUUGAAAGCCACAUGAACAAAUUAAAGAGUGCAAUAGAACAGGCUAUGAAAAUGAGCCGGAGAUCAGCUGACACCAGCCAGAGGAGUUUGGCUUAUAAUCGAAUAGUUGAUGCCCUAAAUGAAUUCAGGACAACAAUUUGUAAUCUUUACACAAUGCCACGAAUUGGAGAGCCUGUUUGGCUUACAAUGAUGUCAGGGAUUCCAGAAAAGAACCAGCUUUGCCAUCGAUUCAUGAAGGAGUUCACUUUUCUAAUGGAAAAUGCUUCAAAAAAUCAAUUCUUGCCAGCACUCAUUACUGCAGUUUUGACCAAUCAUCUUGCCUGGGUUCCAACUGUCAUGCCAAAUGGACAACCACCUAUAAAAAUAUUUUUAGAAAAACAUUCCUCUCAGAGUGUGGACAUGUUGGCAAAAACUCAUCCAUAUAACCCACUUUGGGCACAGCUGGGGGACUUGUAUGGUGCUAUUGGCUCUCCUGUAAGAUUAGCAAGAACUGUGGUAGUUGGCAAACGACAAGACAUGGUCCAGAGGCUGCUUUACUUUCUUACUUAUUUCAUAAGAUGCUCUGAACUUCAAGAAACCCAUCUUUUAGAAAAUGGAGAAGAUGAAGCCAUUGUUAUGCCAGGCACAGUAAUUACAACCACGUUAGAGAAAGGUGAAAUAGAAGAAUCUGAAUAUGUGCUUAUCACAAUGCAUAGAAACAAAAGCAGUUUGCUCUUUAAAGAGUCAGAAGAAACAAGGACUCCUAAUUGUAACUGUAAAUAUUGUAGUCAUCCACUCUUUGGGCAAAAUUCAGAGAAUGCGUUGAGAAAAGAGAGUGAGGAUAUUCAAAACACCCCUAAGGAGUUGCUAGGAAUUGCAGAUGAAUGUGGAAUGAUUUCUCCUUCUGACUGCCAAGAAGAAAAUGCUGUUGAUGUUGAACAGUGCAGAGAUAAAUUAAGAGCUUGCCUUGACACCAAGUUAGAGACAAUUGUUUGCACAGCAUCUGCUCCAGUUGACAAAUGUGCAUUGUUGAAAUCAGGCUUAGAACCAGCAGAAGAAACAUGGCAGAGUGAGGAAUUGCUGGAUUCUGGUAAUCACACAGGCAAGGUGCUGAGAUCCACAGGAAUGGUUGUGGAAAAAAAACCUCCAGAUAAGCUUGUGACCGCUGCAUUUUCUUGUGAGGCAACCCAGACAAAGGUUACUUUCUUGAUUGGGGAUUCUAUGUCACCUGACUCAGAUACUGAACUCAGGAGUCAGGCUGUGGUGGAUCAGAUCACCAGGCAUCACACCAAACCACUGAAGGAAGAAAGAGAGGCUAUUGAUUUGCAUCAAGAAACUAAACAAACAACUAAGGACCAAUCUAGAGAGUCUGAUAUACCAAUGGUUUCUGGAGAGCCCUGUGAACUUCCCUGUUGGAAUCAUUCAGACCCAGAAAGCAUGAGCUUAUUUGAUGAAUAUUUUAAUGAUGAUUCCAUUGAAACCAGAACUAUUGAUGAUAUCCCAGUUAAAACAAGUACAAACAGUAAAGAACACUGCUGCAUGUUAGAGUUUUCAAAAAGAUUAUGUACAAAAAAUAGCAAACAGAAAAAUGAACUUUGUAAAUGUGUAGAAGCAGUUCAUCAGGAUUCAUGUAAAACCUGCUACCCUCAGCAGGAUCAAAGAGGUACACUCUCCCUUCUUGUCCCCCAUGGGGAUAAAGAGAGUUCAGAGAAAAAAAAUGCUGUAGGAACUGAAUGGGACAUUCCAAGAAAUGAAAGUUCAGAUAGUGCCCUUGGGGAUAGUGAAAGUGAAGAUACAGGUCAUGAUAUGACUAGACAAGUAAGCAGUUAUUAUGGAGGAGAGCAAGAAGAUUGGACAGAAGAAGAGGAGAUACCUUUUCCUGGGUCAAAGUUAAUUGAAGUGAGUGCUGUUCAGCCCAACAUCGCCAAUUUUGGGAGGUCGUUGUUAGGUGGCUACUGUUCGUCUUAUGUGCCUGACUUUGUUCUUCAAGGAAUUAGUAGUGAUGAGAGGCUCCGUCAGUGUCUGCUGUCAGAUUUGUCCCAUGCUGUGCAGCAUCCAGUGUUGGAUGAACCAAUAGCAGAAGCUGUCUGUAUUAUAGCAGAUAUGGAUAAAUGGACUGUGCAAGUGGCCAGUAGCCAGAGACGAGUGACAGAUAAUAAACUGGGAAAGGAAGUACUGGUUUCCAGUCUUGUUUCCAAUCUGCUUCAUUCCACUCUUCAGCUUUAUAAACAUAACUUGUCUCCAAAUUUUUGUGUAAUGCAUCUUGAAGACCGGUUACAAGAGCUGUACUUCAAAAGCAAAAUGCUGUCUGAAUACCUGAGGGGCCAGAUGCGUGUUCAUGUCAAGGAGCUGGGAGUGGUUCUAGGGAUUGAAUCCAGUGAUCUUCCUCUUCUGGCUGCUGUAGCAAGCACUCACUCUCCAUAUGUUGCUCAGAUACUCCUUUAACAUAAAGAUUGUUUGGAACGUUAAAUAGAUAACAAGGAAGCAGACACAAAAUGCUUUAUGGCAUUUUUCCCCCAUUAGAUUCUGAUCUGAAUGAGUCAGUCACCUGUGUAUCAUGCAUUGCAGUGCAUAUUGUGUGUUCUUGGAUGGAUGGCUUUUUCUUUUUGACUGGACUUUUUGGGUGGAGGUAGAUUUUUUAACCAAGUGGAACUAAAACAGCAUAUGUAAUUUGGGGGAAAGCAUUUGAAAAAGCCAAAGUAUAACUUAGAAAAUUCUAUAAAAUGAAUGACAUUGAGGAUUUUUAUAUGAUCACUACAGUGUUUCCACAACUCAUAAAUAGCAACAGAUGUCUUAUGAUUAAAUGGCUCACAAAUAGUCAUUUCAUUAGUUUUAAUUCUUUAUUUCUAAGGUACAUAGGUUUACAAAACCUUGAUUAUUUCUUAUACUGUCAAUUCAAAAUAGCUAAUUUGGGGGUAUUUUUCAAAGUAUUUUAAGUAACCUGUUAAUUAUAAGAAACUUAGAAGAAUGAGUGUCAAUCUGUGUUAUGUUACCCACCCAAGUGUACAUAUGUAUGUAGUUUUUUUAAAAAAGCAGUAGAAAUACAAGAUUGGUAAACAUACUUUUUAAAUAUUAUAUAUAUAUAUAUAUAUACACUUUCCAACUACUAUUCAUUGUAUAUAAUGUUGAAAUGUUCCUUUGUGGUGGUUUUCCUGUUUCACACACCCUAAAAUAUAAGUAAAACCAAUCGCUUUUUUAAGGCUGAGGAAUGUAAAUUCCCCAAAUAAUAGUACUUUAUAUUAUUUGUUUUGUUUGUAAGUAUAAGCUAAUUCUUAUAAAUGUUAAUAUUAACAUAUUUGUACCUAAUUUAAUAAAUUAAAAUUAGGAUUAAAAAUUGCACCAAAGUAUUGGCAAAAAUAAUAUUUUCUUCAAAAGUACUCAGGUAGCCGAAGCUCUUGCUUUUGGCAUUAGCCGUCCUUGAACCCACAGGAAAUAUUUUCUUUGUUUCACUGCUUCAUAAUAUUCUAUUUACACUAAAUAGAACUCAUUAAUCCUUAAAAUUAUUCUCUUUUCUUGAAUUUCCCUUCUUCCAAAAGCUAUUUUUUCCCCCAGGGAUUUUCACUUUUCAGUUAUUGUUAUUCUGUAUAUAGUGUAGAGUGUUGCUUCUGAGAAAGGCUAAUAUGGAACCAAACUCUUGUAAAUAAUGUAAAUAAAAAUAUGGGUAAGUAAAGUUUUCAGUAUGCUCUACUACCUCAGUUUACUUGAAUACUACAUUAUAGUUUAUUCUUUAAUUACCUGGUCUAAGAUACUUUAAUUCUAGAAGUGAAGUUGAUUUCUGCUUUCAUGGACUAUUUUUAUUAUAAUUGAUUAGCUUUAAAAAAGAAACUAAUUGCUUAUCCUAUUAAUACAUACAUUUCCUAUAUAAUACAUUCAUUCUUGCUGUUUCAAUUUUCAGUAAUUAAGAUUUUUGUGGUUUAAGCUUUGACUUUUAAUGUAUAGUGGUGGGUCACAUUUUGCCUUGCUCUCUCUGUAUGCAAGAACUCUCCAACCUAGAUUUAAGAAGAAAUUAUUGUUUUAAUGGAAUGUAAAUCUGAAAUUGGUGUGCCUGCAAUCAGUUUGGCCUCUGUGUCCUAUCAGCUGGCCCCAGUUAGUGCUGGGGUCUCCCAUGGAUGACUUGCUGCCAAAGAAUGUUUAUGGAUAUAUUUUCAUUUGCUUAAUAUUCUUAGUCCAUUCAUUAAUGAAAUUCUUCACUAUUUUAUUGUUUGGAAUUUUAUGAAUCAAUCUCUUUGGCAGAAGUCAGAAUACAGAAAAUUUCAUAUGUGGGUCAUUGUUCAUUAUUUUUUGUAGUUUAGAAUGAUAUAUAACAGAUAGAUAAUAUCUGUUUUGCAUGUUUUUUUAAUUAAUCAUCAAGCUAUUCACAGUCCUAUCUAUUUGAAAUCUAAUAAAUUAUCAUUUAGAAAAUUUAGUCUUCAAUAAGUGGAUGUCUCAUGCUACUGUUACUCUUAAAACAAAGCUUUGCUCGGAAGGAAAAGGCCCAUAGUUUCUUCUUACUAAUCCUUAUAGGAUUCCUGAGCUUUAUAAUUCCCAGCCCUUCUGUAAUUUCUAUUACCUUCAUCAUAGUUAUUUUUUCCUUACACCAAGACCAUGGAGUAAGCUGCUGCUGCUUUUAAAGUGUGGUCAUUAUAAUGAAUGUGAAAAAAGUUUUGGACUGUUCAAAAUAUUUUUCAACUUCUUAUGGUACAGACAGAUAUGUGUUACAUAUUUUUAAAAACCUGUUUGUUGCAAUAGAAAUGAAAAAGGGAUCUUUUACAUUAUAGAUUUAAAGUAAUUUUUCCUUUCAUAUAAACUAAUUGGUUUGAUUUUAAAUAUUACUGGCUUUUAUUAAUAUGUCUUAAUUUUGAGCUUGAAAUUGUUAAGUGCAAUAAACAUACCAGCACCGAUUUAAUUUUGUUGCAAUUGGCAUACACUGGGGAUGAUCACUUAAAAAAAAAUGGAUUUUACACAAUGUCUAUUUCUGGUAGAUGUCUUAUGUGAUCCUUCUGCUUUCUUUAAGUUAUUUAGAUGGUGGGGUAAAUGUACAUACUGUUUCUUGUUCUGUAUACAUUUCUCAAAUGUACACCUGUAUUAUAAUAACCUCCCAGUUCUAGGGGAAAUUUGUGCAAUAAAUACACAAGUCAAUUUGA